CUGGUGAAGUUGGCCCAAAAUGGCUUUUCUCCAGUGGCGUCGGUUCAACUUCUUUGACAAGGAAGUUCUCAAACAGCAAGAGACAAAUCAACCAUUCGAUAAACUCAAGGAUAUCAUAGUGACGGGUUGUGCCAGUGGACGUGGUCAGAUCAUCGUCGCCGACUGUGAGGGGUUAAUCUAUCUCGUCAACCGACAGCUAGAGAUCAUAGCGUUCACGGCAUAUGCUAUCCGAGUGUCACAUCUGACACAGCUUAAACAGCAUAAUAUUUUAGUUACUAUUGGGGAAGACGAGGUUGGCGUGAAUCCUCAGAUAAAAGUCUGGAAUCUUGACAAGGUCGAUAAGACAGGAACACCAACAUGUACAAGAAUAACGCGAGCAAUUCCUGGCAACCAGCCAACACCAGUCCAAAGUCUGACAGUUGCGGAGAACUUGAACUACAUGGCUGUGGGGUUCGAGAAUGGCUGCGUUCUCCUGUUCAAAGGUGACGUCACGAAGGACCGUCAUAGUAAACAACGAGUCAUCCAUGAGAGUCCUCGGCCAAUCACAGGCCUUGCAUUCAAGACGUCGGGAAGUCAGACAGUCCUGUAUGUCGCGACGGAGUAUAGCACGAUGUCGAUCGUCAUCAGCAAUAAAGAUAAAGAUGUCAAGAAUGUCCUCGAUCAACAUGGGUGUAAAGUUGGAUGCUCCGUCAUGAGUGACGCAUCACAGGAUCAUCAGUUUGUCAUCGGCAGAAGUGAUGCUGUCUAUUUCUACCAACCCGACGGACGAGGACCAUGUCUCGCUUUCGAGGGAGAGAAAAACUUACUGUUCUGGUUCCGUGGGUACCUCAUUGUCGUUGGCCGAGAUACCAAAGCUAUGCCUCGAUCCACUGCCCAGGGCCAGUCGCUCGAGAUGAACCUCGUCACAGUUUAUGACAUCCAGAAUAAAUUCAUCGCAUACUCGGCCCUCGUGCCAGAAGUAAUCGAUAUCGUGAGCGAGUGGGGUUCAUUAUACAUCCUGGCUGGCGAUAGAAAGUUCUAUCACCUUCAAGAAAAAGAUACUCAAACCAAACUGGAGAUGUUGUUCAAGAAAAACCUCUAUCCAGUUGCUAUAAACCUUGCCAAGAGUCAGCAGUAUGAUCGUGAUGGCCUCACAGAUAUAUUCAGACAAUAUGGAGAUCAUCUUUACAGCAAGGGUGACCAUGAUGGUGCUAUUACAGAAUAUAUCAAAACGAUCGGCAAAUUAGAGGCUUCUUACGUGAUAAGACGGUUCCUUGAUGCUCAGAGAAUCCACAACCUGACCGCGUAUCUACAGGCCUUACAUAGAGCCCAGUUGGCCACAGAGGACCAUACGACCCUCUUGUUAAACUGCUACACCAAGCUCAAGGAUGAGUCAAAGUUAGAUGCAUUCAUUAUGACUAAAGACAAAGAGCAUGUCGACUUCGAUGUAGAAACCGCCAUCAAAGUGUGUCGGCAAGCCAGCUACUACAAGCACGCCCUCUAUCUUGCCGAGAAGCACUCGGAGCACGACUGGUACCUGAAAAUACAACUCGAGGACAUUCGAGAUUACCAGAAGGCAUUGAAGUACAUUGGAAAACUUGACUUUUAUGCUGCGGAUGGUAACCUCAAGAAAUAUGGUAAGAUGCUGAUGAGCGAAGUCCCAAAGCAGACGACAGAACUUCUCAAGCGGUUGUGUACAGAUUAUAAACCUAGUGACAGUCCUUUGGUUGACGAUUCUAACUUGUAUGGAGAAAACAUUCCAAGAAUCCAGAACGCCAACGCGGACGAGUUCAUCCACAUUUUCGUCAACAAUUCCGAGAAGUUGACGGAGUUUUUGGAACAUAUGGUGAAGGUCCAGCCCAACUCUCCCAGUCUUGUCUACGAUACUCUGCUGGAACUGUACCUCCACGAUAUUGUACACGAAACAGACAUUUCAGCCAAAACGGAAAAGGAAAUGAAAACGUUAGACUUACUUCAGAAUCCUGAUGCUGGCUAUGACGUCAACCAGGCUCUGGUCCUGUGCCAAAUGAAUGACUUCAAAUCCGGCAUCCUUUACCUCUACGAGAAGGCCAAGUUGUAUCAACAGAUCCUCCGAUAUCACAUCGAACACAACGAGUAUACUCACGUGAUUGACACGUGUAAGAAGUUUGGAACUAUGGACUCGGGCCUGUGGGUUCAAGCCCUGGCGUAUUUCUCCAAGCGAGAAGAGAACUGUAAGUCACAGAUCAUGGAGGUGCUGUCGCACAUCGAUAAGAAGAACCUCCUACCUCCUCUACUGGUCCUGCAGACGCUCGCGCAUAACUCGACAGCAACUCUCGCCGUUAUAAAGGAUUACAUCACGCGCCGCCUCCAGCAAGAGAACGACCAGAUCGCAGAGGACGAACGCCUGAUCAAACAAUAUAGCGUCGAUACGGAGAAGAUGAGAAGUCAGAUAGAAGAACUCAAAACUAGUGCCAAAAUCUUUCAAGUGACCAAGUGUAGCAUUUGUAACGAGCCUCUAGAGCUGCCGUCUGUUCAUUUCCUCUGUCAACAUUCCUAUCAUUUAGAGUGUUUUGAAAGUUAUGCCGAGAGUGACUCAGAGUGUCUGACCUGCAUGCAGGAGAAUCGUAAAGUAAUGGACAUCAUCCGCGCGCAGGAGCAGAGCCGGUCGCUCCAUGAACAGUUCCAUCACCAACUCGAGACGGCACAGGAUGGAUUUGCAGUCGUCGCAGAUUAUUUCGGGAGAGGCGUGUUCAAUAAGGUGACUCUCAUCACCGAUGCUCCAUCUAGUCGUUCCCAGCUUCCUACGCCACCUAUCGACCCGACAGCUCAGCGGGAACUUCUGUUGCAACAGCCUGCCUCGAGGUCCAACCAGUAUGAUCCCGGGCCGGCCGCACAACCAAGGUCGCAACCGCCAGCUCGGCAGUCCCCAGUACCAAAACAGCAACCGACAACAAAACAACCUAUACCCUCUGCUCAGCCGAGGCACCAACCAAUGAAGUCAAGUCCGUAUGAAGCGAGGACGCCACCUAUACAGCAAGCAGCGCAACGUCAGCCAACGGCACCAAAGUCGACUCCAUCACCAAGACCCUCACCGCAACCAGCAAAAUCAAACCCGUUUGGUUCGGAGUCGAACACAACAAAACCGCAAUCGAAAUCAAACCCAUUUGAUGCGAAGCCAGUGCAACCUGUGCCAAAAGCGUCAAACCCGUUUGGAGAGGCUUCAAGGGCAAAAAACCCUUUUGAUGCGGGUGCCAAUACGAACCCGUUUGGUGAUGAAGAAGGGAGUUCAAACCCAUUUGAUUGAGUUUGUACUGUAGAACCAAGGACCGAUAUGAAAAUUUAUAGGGACAAUAAUUGGAGAUUGUCUCUGAUUAUGAUUAGAGUGAGGACCAUGUGCCAAUUUAGCGGGGUAUAUAGAUGACUUUCAUGAGGUCAGAAAACCUGAUAGAGUCACGUCACUUGUGACGUCUGGUGCUCUGACGCCGUGCCCAAUUAUGUCGUGUUAAUCAUCUGUACUGUAAAAUCAGUCAGGUGCCCUACUUUUGGGACCAUUGUUCUAUAGUUCAGAUUGCAAGUAUGGAGCCAGAUAGCUAUUUGAAGUCUCUUAAGUCCUCGACAUAUUUGACACCAGAGGGUUGAUGAUGACGUGAUGAUGAUGAUGAUGAUGUAUCUCUCGGUUGCUCUAAAUGCGUGUCAGCAUCAUUACGCUGCAAGAUUGGAUGUCGUUCACUCAAUCCGACUGAUCAAAAUGAUGUGCUUUCCGUACCACGGAUUAUAAAUUAUGAUUAUUACUAUUUUGCCGCUGCCUGACAACUAUGCCAGCAAACGUCAUAGAUAAUUAAACUUCGAAUUCAUUGAUUCUGCUGAUGUCCAGUGGUCAACGACAAGAGUGAGGUAUUCGUACUCUCUCAAAAACCAAAGGAAACCUGGAUUUCUUUUGUAAAAAAUACUAUGCUUAUUUAUUGUAGCAUUGCAUAUUAUCAGCAGUACAAUUACUUAUAGAAGAAUUGGUUAUAUAAAAUUCAAAGGUACCAAGCAGUUAAAUGCUGAAUAAAAUUGUUAACGAUUAUUUUAUCAGAAUCAUUUAAAAAUGUAUAAUCAUUUUAAAAUGAAUACGGCAGAUUAUAAGUGUUAAAUCAAAAUAUACUGUACACGUGGUGACCAAUCGAAUGAUUAUACUGGUUACGGGCCUCAACUGACGCACCUGAAGAUUUCAAAGCACUCCACACACCACUCAAUUUCAUUACACACAAACGAUCAGGCGAGUCUGUUGCUACCGGCAACCUAUUCACCAUUCUACUAUGAUCAAUUCAUUGGACACCAUCGUACAACAGAGAACAAAAGUGCCCCACAAAGAGCGACAAGCAAGCAUGCAACAAAAUCACUUGUUGUACCCGCAGAUGAGAUCUUUUGUUGCUCAUUGCAGCAAUUAUAAUCACAUUUUGCUUUGCCAAUAAUCGUCAAUUAAUGAGAAUAUUGCUGGAGUAGAAAAAUAAUCAUUUAGAAAUUCAACAGUUGAUGUGCAGAAGUAUUAAAGGGAGAAUACAGGCAGAAGCCAUUAGUUACAAAAGUCAUUGAUAGGGGUCUCUUCUAUCAAUAUCCACGCUAGUACCAGGAAUGUAUUUAUCACAGAAUCUAGGACGACAAAAUCCCCCAACUAGUCAUCUGAAGACUACUAAUUUGAUCCCAAGCUCCUGUCUAUAGUCUCCCUUUAAAAAGGCCCUCUGCCAUCGAGAGAGCUUUGAAUACUCUGUGUUACAUUUUGUAACCCGUUCUGGCAUAUAAGUAUCAUACUUGUAAAUACAGAUGAUGUACCAGGAUAAUCUGUCUACGAUGUACAUUGUAUCUAUUAUUAUAUAAUAAAUGUACAUUAUAGUGCAAUACGUGGUACAAGCCAGUA